AUGCCGUUCGGGGGGCUGGCCGGGCUGAAGGAGCGGGUCCUCAGACCGGGGACGGAGGAGGUGAGGAGCACCAUGGGAGACUCCCUGGGGACUCUGCAGAAGAAAAUCGACGGCUCCAACGUGGAGCAGGAGGAGGUCCUGGAGCUGACGGAGGACGGGCGUCCGGUGGCAGCGGGGGCGGCGGGGGCCCAACGCCGGGCCCCGCUGUUCGACUGUGGCUGCUGCGGCUCGCCCAAGCGCUACAUCAUCGCCAUCCUCAGCGGCCUGGGCUUCUGCAUCUCCUUCGGCAUCCGCUGCAUCCUGGGCGUGGCCAUCGUGGAGAUGGUCAACAACAACACCGUCUACAUCAACGGGACGCCCGUCAUGCAGCCGGCGCAGUUUAACUGGGACCCAGAGACGGUCGGCCUGAUCCACGGCUCCUUCUUCUGGGGCUACAUCGUCACGCAGAUCCCCGGCGGAUUCAUCUCCAACAAGCUGGCAGCCAACAGGGUGUUUGGAGCGGCCAUUUUCCUCACGUCCAUGCUGAACAUGUUCAUCCCCUCGGCAGCGCGAGUGCACUACGGCUGCGUCCUGUUCGUCCGCGUCCUGCAGGGCCUGGUGGAGGGGGUUACCUACCCAGCAUGCCAUGGGAUGUGGAGCAAGUGGGCGCCGCCAUUGGAGAGAAGCCGGUUAGCAACCACGUCCUUCUGUGGGUCCUACGCAGGUGCAGUCAUUGCCAUGCCUUUGGCUGGGAUCCUGGUGCAGUAUGUGGGGUGGUCCUCGGUGUUCUACAUAUACGGGGUCUUUGGGAUGAUAUGGUACAUGUUCUGGCUCAUCCUGGCCUACGACAGUCCCGCUGUUCACCCCACCAUCAGCGAGGAGGAGAGGACCUACAUCGAGACCUCCAUCGGGGAGGGCGUCGGCCUGAUGAGCGCUACUGAGAAGUUUAAGACGCCCUGGCGGCGUUUCUUCACCUCCAUGCCGGUGUACGCCAUCAUCGUGGCCAACUUCUGCCGCAGCUGGACCUUCUACCUGCUGCUCAUCAGCCAGCCAGCCUAUUUCGAGGAGGUCUUCGGCUUCCCCAUCAGCAAGGUAGGGCUCCUGUCGGCGGUCCCCCACAUGGUGAUGACCAUCGUCGUUCCCAUCGGCGGCCAGCUCGCCGACUUGCUGCGCAGCCGCAAGAUCCUCUCCACCACCACAGUGCGCAAGAUCAUGAACUGCGGAGGGUUCGGGAUGGAGGCUACGCUGCUGCUGGUCGUCGGGUUCUCACACACGAGGGGCGUGGCCAUCUCCUUCCUGGUUCUUGCCGUGGGCUUCAGCGGAUUCGCCAUCUCCGGUUUCAACGUGAAUCACCUGGACAUCGCUCCGCGCUACGCCAGCAUCCUGAUGGGAAUUUCCAACGGGGUGGGAACGCUGUCCGGCAUGGUGUGCCCGCUCAUCGUCGGAGCGCUGACCAAACACAAGACCCGUCUGGAGUGGCAGCACGUCUUCGUGAUCGCGUCCAUGGUCCACUACACGGGGGUCGUGUUCUACGCCAUCUUUGCGUCGGGCGAGAAGCAGGACUGGGCGGACCCUGAGGACGCCGCCGACGACCGGUGUGGCCUGGUGGACCAGGACGAGCUGGCGGAGGAGGCCGAGCUCACCGGCGAAUCCGCCCUCACCGCGGGGAAGAAGACGUCCUACGGCGCCACCUCCGCCAGCGCCGGCGGCCGCAAGCAGGGAUGGCGGAGUCAGAGGGGCGUCACCACGCAGCAGGAGGAGCAGGAGCCCUCGUACCACCAAGAGAACGGAAGCUUCUAGGCCCACCACUGAACACUCUGGCCAGGCUCGCGUUCGAGGACAACCCAGAGGGCAAAGUUCAUCCCUGGUGGAUAUGAUCAAAACGAAGUAUGAAGUCCCCCCCGCCCCCCCUCCUGCCCAACCAAUAGCAAAAGGCAUGUCCCCAGACCACAAGGGUUCGAGAAUGAGGGAAAUUGAAGCUCACGCCCAUCAGAGAUUUUACGACAAAUCUUUGUGUGUUUUGUUUCUCCCCCAAAUACCCUUUUUCCUUUGCCUUUGCUUCUUUACCCAAAGAAGGCCUUUUGGGAAUGAUGCGAUUUGGGAAUGAUGCAAAGACUAUCCUAAGAGUUAUUCUGUUUUUGUUUUAUUGGUCACGUAUGAAUUUGGUCCUUUGGAAAGUAAAUCUCGUAGUUCCAAAAUUCAGAUUAAUAACAUUUUAUUAGCAAAGCAAAAAUAAUCUCUUUUACAGGAUGAAACAUACCGUAAAAGCAAGGCUGGUCAAUUCCAAUACAGUGUUGUUCAAGCACCAGCUUUACAACCCUUUCUCAGAACAACAUGUACCAAUAAGGUGGCAGGUAACCACACGGUCAUUGUUACCUCUGUAUGCAUAUCUACUCCCCCUCCCCCCCUCAAUGAAAAUUAACACUGCCAGACUCCUGGAGAAAAGAUUGAAGCUCUGCAAAUUUGCAAAAGGUGGUUUGUGUUUUUCCUAAGUUGGACAAAGCAUUUCUGAAUAAUGAAACUAGUUUGCCUUUCUGUUUUUGACAUGAAUUAGGUACAAUACAUAUAAGAAAAUAACAAAUUUUGUGUCUACACAUCACGGUAGAUUCCUGUUAUAUUUAUUAAAAUAUUUAUUAAAAGAUUGGAAAGAAGCAUACAGAACUAAAUUCAGACAAUAUUUGAAGACUACUAAAUUGGAGUGAAAUGCUAGCUAAACCUUAGUAAGGAGUUAUUAGUUAGAUAUGCAAUGAAGAGAUAUGGAAUUAUAAUAUCAAAUUUUUCCCAACUAGUCAAGUUAUGAAUACACAGAAGGCUUAAACAAACAACAUGUAAAAAAUCACAAAAGCAAUCGCAUAGAUAAAACGUAGACAAAAAUACACAAAAGACCUAUUAUUACUUAGCUGAUAUUAAUUCUGCGUUGCAUAACUAUUCAUUUGAAAAUUGCAUGGCAGAGAACACGUGUAAAAGUCACCUUAUGGCUUUCCACUGCAGUCCUGGUUCAUUAGGUGCUCUUUUUUGAUUUCAGUCCAUUUUAACAGUUUUACUUCAAAUGUACAUGAUCUCAGCGAAUUAGACAGUUUAGAAGAAGUACUUGGGAUGGCCUUUAGAACAAAAUAAUAAUAAUAAUAAUAAUAAUAAUAAUAAUAAUAAACAUUUAAAAGGACUAAUGAUCAAUUAUUCAACUUAUUUGCUAUGCUUACCUUUUGCCAUAUUUGACAAAUUUCAGGCCCAGAUUCAACAUACCCACAAUGCAUUUGUCCUCUCAGCUCUUUUAUGCUUCUUCCCCCUUCAUCCUCCCGAUUCUGAAGGUCCAGUCAUGCCCACGUUGUAGCGCUGACUGCAGCCUCCAUUUUCCAUUCGGGAGGGUGCGAACGAGCACGCGCUGUCCUCCAAACCAAGGCUGUGUCUGAAUCAGCCUCCUACUGAGGGGGCGUAGCUAGGAACUCUGGGUGUCCUGAAAGAAUAUUGCUCAGGGCACCCCCCUUUUUUAAUAAAACAAUUCACAUGUUUUUAGCUGUGGGCCCCCCCAAGCUGUGCCCGCAGAAUUGGCAGCUCAACAAUUGAGCUUGUAGGAGCCAGGUCAACCAGUAGGGGUCACUGUAAAUUAAGCUAUCAUCUCGGCUGACUAAACCCCUUCUGUUCCUGGCUGACACUAGAGCCGGUAGUGCCCUACACUGUGGGUCUGCCAGCUCCAGUCAGCGCUGGCACAACCCAGAUUCAACACCAGAACCGGGGGGGCAUCCAUUCACUAGAACAGUGCCUUAACAGGGCGAGCUGUCCAGCAGCCUGAGCUAUGAGCUUUAAUUAUGAAAAGAAUUUAGUUUUUCUUUUGUUACUUUUGUGCAGUAUUUUGUUAAUUUUAGGGAUUGCCACCGUGGUUGUGCAAUAAAAACAAACGAACAAAAAAAACCUUCUUGAUUUCUCCACUCAAAGUUACAGGAUGAAAUGCCUUUGGGGAUUGAUUGAAUCUGGGCCUAUAUGUGUAUGAAACUGCAAAAAGUGUGGAUUAAGUUGGCUUGUGUUAUAUUGUGUUCACAUCACACAAUGCGGUUAAAAGAAGCAAUGCAACCUAAUUCCCAUUUACAUGAAGUAGAAUUGCUCAAGGUAAGACAUCACAACAGUAAAGAACAUUAUAUUAUUGUGAGAGAAAAAAGAAAAACAUAUCAUUGCUAUUUUGUACAGGAUAAAUUUAUUUUUGAAGUGCACUUUGUUGUUUGGGGAGUUUGUUGAUUUAAAAUAUGCACUUUACUGUAAUCAGGCAUGCCAGCUUUGUACGUUAUUUGUCCGUACUGAAAAUAUAUUCAUUUUUUAGUACUGUUCCCAUUCAAUCAGCAGAAAUGUGUUCCGUCCUUCUGUUGGAAUAACUCAUUUUUGGGUUAUUUUGUUAACUCAACAUUUUAAAUUAAUUUGAGUCAUUAUUAAAAUUACAAUUUUGCAUAUGAAAUGUAAAAAGUUCUGUUGGCCUUUUAACUCUCAAGUAAAACACCUUACUGUAUUUAAUUUGGCAGUGGAUUAAGUCAGUGAGUGAGUGAGAGAGUGAGUCAGUCAGUGU